GCAGGAAGGAGGAAGGCUCCCCCACCUCACCACCAUCAUCAUCAUCACCACCACCGUUUUGUGGAGUUAUCGCACUUAUUCCUCAUGAACAUACAGAGGUCAAAUCCAAUUAACAUUUCACGUUAUGGGAGAUCGCGGCACAAAUCGCACGAUUUCGAAGAGCUAUCCUGCUUAAGGACUACAGAGUCGCACCAGAGCUUCAGCCCCAACCUCGGGUCCCCCAGCCCGCCGGAGACCCCGGACUCCUCGCACUGUAUCUCCCGCAUCGGGGACUACCUUUUGUUGGAGCCGCUGGAGGGAGACCACGUUUUCAGAGCCGCCCACCUGCACAGCGGGGACGAGCUCGUAUGUAAGGUUUUUGACAUUGGCCGAUACCAGGAGUCACUGGCGGCCUACUUCGCUCUGGGCCAGCACCAGCACAUAAACCAAAUCCUGGAGAUUUUGCUCGGGGAGACGCGAGCGUAUGUGUUCUUUGAGAGGAGCUAUGGCGACAUGCACUCUUUUGUCCGCACCUGCAAGAAGUUGCGUGAGGACGAAGCUGCCAGGCUCUUCUAUCAGAUAGCCUCGGCUGUGGCACAUUGCCACGACAACGGACUGGUCCUCCGUGACCUCAAACUGAGGAAGUUUGUCUUCAAAAACGAGGACAGAAGCCUUGUGAAGCUGGAGAGCCUCGAGGACACUUAUAUCCUGGAUGGUCAUGAUGAUUCCCUGUCAGACAAACAUGGCUGCCCGGCCUACGUCAGUCCCGAGAUCCUCAACGCCAGCGGCAGCUAUUCGGGGAAGGCGGCUGACGUCUGGAGCCUGGGCGUCAUGCUGUACACCAUCCUCGUGGGGCGCUACCCUUUCCACGACGUCGAGCCCGGUUCUCUGUUCAGCAAAAUCCGCCGGGGCCACUUCAACAUCCCCGAGACGCUGACGCCCAAGGCCAAGUGCCUGAUCCGCUCCAUCCUCCGCCGGGAGCCGGCAGAGCGCCUCACCUCUCGGGAGAUCCUGGAGCACCCCUGGUUCGCCUCCUCCGGGGCGCUAGGGGGCGCUGCCGCCAUGCACGGCAGAGGGGAAAGAGAGCAGGAGCAGAUGGUGCCUGAGGUGAACAUGGAGGAGGAGCUGGAGCAGUUCUUCAGCUGAGCAAAACACCAAGCACAAACGGACGACUCCGCCACGGUCGGCUCGCCACGGUCACAGCAGAGCCAAAAAACAGUAGUUUAGAAAUAAAUAGGUGAAUUUGUCACUCAUAAUAAAGGUGUUUCCAUCCUGUUUCCUUUUUCCACCAUUUCAUGGAAAACCUUGAGCCUGGCAUGACAAAUGGCAUCUAUACAUCAUCUGGCGACGCGCGUCCCGAUCGGGGAUGUUGCCACCAGACAUGCAAGUUGCAAAUAAUGUAGCAAAUGUUCUUUUUUGGGUUUUUUUUUGGAUCUGUUUGGUUUAAUGUGGUGCUCAUAAACACAUUCACCAUUUUUUGACACUAUGGAAAGCAUGAAGGGACAACGCAGGAAACCAAGGAGAGACGAACUGACGAACUGCGACACCACACCUUUUCUUACGGAUUUAGUUUAGUUUGUUUCUGUCAUAGCUUUAGGUGGUGAUAAUUUAAAAACCACAGACCCAGAGUCAGAAAUAACAACCCCAAGUUCUAAACUAAUACAAGGUGAUUAUCCCUGACCUGGGACCACUGGUGAAGAAACGGAGCAGCUUAGGCUUUUAUUUUUUUUUCUUCUCAUCGUCGUUGCAUCGUAACCAACAUGGCUGACCUCGCCUUUUUGUUUCACGGUUUUGUCGUUCAUUGAAAAUUCUGCCACUAAACUCCUCGAUGGCCUUGUUUUCAGUUUCUGCCUCCUCUUGUCUGUCGAGUCCAUACCACACUUUUGUAAACCAUCUUUUUGUUUUUAAGCUAUUCCAAUCUGUUGUUACUUGCUGCUUUAAUGUCACUCCCUAAAAACCUCAAAUCUUAAAAACCAUUUUUUCUUCCCAACAUGGUCUCAUGCACUUGGUGUGUUAGGCGAACGGACGAUUCCACCUCCUUAAAAAGAAAAA